AGACUAAGUAAAAUAAUGAAGAGACUAAGUUAGUCUCAUGGGUUUUAUGACUCUAUCAUGUCUGCCACUGAUAAGGAGCAGCAUACUGAUACAGAAAAGGCGACUGAAAAAACAGAAUCUGACAGGUCCAGUAACUCUGUAAACAAUGCUUUGGACGUGGAGGCAGUUUUGGUGCCGGACUUGCCAGAACGGGAGGAGACAGUUGGCGCGGGGGAGGCAGAUCGAGGACAGAGUGUUGGCACGUCAAGUGACAGUACUCCGCCAACGACCAUUGAAGAAUCUCAAGCCUCGCAGUCUCUUUACUUUCAGAAUAUGUUUCGGACGUACGCUGGAAAUUUGGAAAUGUUCCGCGAGGCAAAUCAAGACGCCACAGCCUCUAAUAUUCGGUCACAUCCUCUAAUUCCAGAAUUAGACCUGGAUCAUCAAGCUGCAAUUUUCGAAAGGCUACCCGAGCAGUCCUCGAACCCAAGCGGGGGAGGAAUUGGGGGUCAGUUUGUUUCUAACCGGCCACCUUGUACUUGUGGGACUGGAGAAUUGUCUUCUAAUAACAGACACAGUUGCUACAGUCAUCCGGACCAGCACGUCAGAGAUGAUUUGCUGUUGAGAAGUGCGAGUUUCGAUACUAGUGCGGCUAGUAUUAGCUCCAUGGCAACUAUUCCCGAUAGUGUGGCAUACAGCAUCGGAUCAGCUGACGAGUCAGUCGACAUUAUAAGUUCCGAUGACCACAGAAGUCUGUACUCUCCGACAGGAAUGAGUUUCGACGGAGCCUCCGACUAUUACUCCAGUGACCCAGAGUGCUCGGCCGGUGUCCUUGGGCGCCGAGGAGAACCCCCGACCGCCACUUUGUUUUCAACGACAGUCGAGUCUGACUUUGACAAUUCUGCAAUGCAGAGGUCUAUACCUGGGCCUUCGGCAGCUAAUCGAGCGGUGGGAAAUUCGAUCUCGAACGUCAAUUUAUUACCAUCGUCGUUGACCUUGCAAUUUCAACCACCGACUUAUUACCAAGAAGAAGAAAAGACGCACCAGUUAUCAAAUUUUCGUUCAGAAUUGACCCAAAAUGAUGAACAGCAAAACGUGUUAUUUUCUUCAAAAGUGUUAGGGGCUGCACAGUUUUCGACAUCACUGGCGAAGGAAAAUGACCGUAAUGAAAAUGAGUCAUGGCGACGCUUGGAACCACACACUGAGAAACUACUCCAAUCUACGACGCCUAUAAGACCACAACCGUUUCAACGAACGUCAAGUCCGCUUAGAAAUUCGCCAAGAAUUGGAACAAAAGCUGCGAAUAAGUUCAAAACUAACAUUGAGUCUGCUAAUGACGUAUCUGUACAUGCAAGUCCGGCACGGCAGAUUUCAACCGCCCAAAAACCCCAAACUCCGCAAUUCACUGCCGCUCAUUCGCCCUUCGCAAAUUACCCUAUCUCAACCAAACCCCACCCGCCGAACCCCCACUUAGCCGGAGCUCUUCCAACAACACAUGACUUGUUUACAACAACAACAGGAUCUACUGAAGACAACAUGUUGAUUUCAAAUUCAAGAAGAACUUCAGAAGUAUUUAUGGAUAGUUGUAAUAUAACGGAAUUUGGGCCGCCUGGAAAAACGAUAACUGACGCCCGAGCUGUGAUGGAUAUUUUUGACCCGGGUAAUAGACGAAGAGUAGCUAAUUGUCCCCCUGUAUUUAAUUACUCAAGAGACUCAACGGGUAAUGAGUCGUUGAGUUUAAAUCAAGAACAGAGAAAUUUGAGCUUGUACGCGAGACUAAUGCAAUCCUAUACAGUGUGGUAUUUGCCUAAUUUAACGAGGCAAGAUGCGACGGAUUAUCUGCAGAAUAGACAACCGGGUAAUUUUAUUGUUCGACAUUCAAGCCAGCCCGGCACUAUGGCUUUGUCGCUGAGGUCCACAGCAGAAUCAGAAGAGAAUUUAGUGGAGCAUUUUCAGAUUAUCAACACUGCUGAAGGUCUCCAAAUCAACGAAGCACAAAACUCCUUCGUGGACAUUGUAUCUCUGCUGCAGCACUACUACGAGAAUGACAAUGGUCUCCCAUGUCAACUGCGCCUGCCCCGAAGCAUAGAAAAGGCAACUGGUUAUGAACUGAAUCAGUACUGGAUAAUGGGGGAGAAAUUCUGGAUCAGAAGUAUGAAUGGGGAACUAACAGACAGCGGGGGGAGUAAUUCGGACGAGUUCACAUCUGACCCGGCUGAGCGAGCAACGUUAGAGAGAACUAUCAGAACGACUUCCUACAACGAUGACACUGAAAGUACAGCUCGGGAAAGCUCGCCCGCUCAAUUAACACCGCCCCCCGUACCCGCAAAAUCCCAAGAAAUCAAGAAGUUAAUCGAAAGCGAGUGCAGCAGAGAUCCGUCGGCUUUUAACAUCCAGAAGCGAGACAAAGACUUUUUGGCUAGAAGUUCAAACUUGCAACAUCAAAUAUCGGUUUCAGUUAGUAACGAUGUUUCGAUUUCAUCCCGACGACCGCCAGAUCUUUUUUCGACUGGAGGCGCGUUCGGCACAACGACCGAGUUUAAUGUGAAUUCGCCAACCGGAAGCGUUUUCCAAAACUCAAAGACAACUCCUAGUGAUUCGGGAUAUGAUACAUCUUCGAAAAAUGUGUUCGAAAUGAACCUUCAAUCUUCGAAUCUUCAACAUCAGCAGAGUCAACACAGGAACCAACAGUUGUUAAUACAGCAAAGUGUACAGUCUACUUCGCCGCACCACCCGCUGUCCAGUGUCCGCUCGGAUCCCAUGUUACAACCGGGAGACCAGUUCUCGGCUUCCUGUCCAGCCUCGGCGUUUUCGAGGUCGGAUAGCAACGCGACAGAGCAUACCUCUGGGUGUGGAGGAAGUGGAGCCCAGUUGACGUCGAGUCAGAUCAGUCCCAACCCCACGAAUCCUUUCACAUUCCCAGCGACAGAUAACAGUGGCUCAGGUGUUCAUUCUGACGGCUGUGCAUCUUCUUCCUCUAGCAAACCCCUUCACACCCACUACCCAUCAAACCGGCUGAACAACCUAAACAGCAUGAACAACAGCAGCAUCAAUGGCUCACUCAACGUCACAGGAUGUUCAAACAUUUUGUAUCAACAAUACCCGAGUCCAAUUAAUGCCCAAACGUCGCCCUUUAUGGAAAACAACUUCUUGUUGUCUAAAACAUGCAAUAGUCACCAACACGCUUUCUCGGACGAUACAUCCCUAUCAUCAGGCAGAGAAGAGUUACAUGUAUUACAACAGUCGUUUGUCAAUUUCUCGUCUAAUAACCCCUUUUACAAUUAUGCUUUCCAGCAUCAGUUGUCGGAUAAUAGCGCGAAAGACAUAAUAGCCGGUAACAACCCUACGAUAGCCCAGUCUAAUUGGUCGACGAAUGGAAAUUUGGUGCCCGCUAAUCAGAAAUGCAACUCGGCCGAAAACUUCCAGAAGUCAGUAACGGCGCCUGUUUCGGCUAGUUCAUGCGAAAGUGUACACAGUGCGAACCAGUCAGAACGAAGCUCAACAUCCUCGAUUUUUGCAUCGAAAAAAGUUUUGUUGGGCUUAUACGAGAAAGGAAGAAAUCGGCUUUAUGAGCCGCCGGCUAGUGGAAUGAGUCCGAAUACGUUUGGAAAUUGGAUUUCGCCUACGAAUGACUCGUUUGAGUACAACACGAAUUUUGUAUCCCAAAUUCAAAAUCGAUCUUCAACCUUACCGAUGAGGCAACGAAUGGUUAAAAAAUCACCUGAUAACGAUUCGCAAGAAGAGCAUGAAGAUUCGAAGUUUUGGGUAGAUCACGGAAUCGACCAAAAUCCGCCAUGUAAUAAGCGAAAUGCCCAAGCAUCCUGGAAAGUUCCAAAAGUUCCCAGAUUUUGGGUUAAUUUAAGACGAAAGGGUAAAAAUUCGUCGAACAAAAUCAGAAGUUGUAUUAUAGAGUUGGCACAAGAUCAGAACACGAAUUUCUACAGGCUUGUACAGAAUAUUCUGGAUAAAGUUUUACGGGAGCAAGACGCAACUAAUAUUCUAUCACAAGUUCGCCAAGAAAUGAAUUCGCUGAAGAUCUACCUGACAUCGCCGAACGAGAAAAUACUGUCUGAUUUGAUUGAUCGGGAACGUUUCAAGAUGCGAGAAAACGACUUUCUGAACAUGGACUCAAUCACAGAAGAUGCUCUGCACAAGAUCAUUCUGAAACCACUCAUCCAACACCUGAUGACAGUUCUUAUCAACCACCACAAGAGUAACGAGAGCCUGUUUCGCAUGGAGCGCAAUCUGCUAGCAGCGAAGAGCAAACCGUAUGGAGAACUGGGCAUCCCAGACAGAUUACAGCCUCCACAGGGCAAACACCUGGAGACAGUGAAACACUUCUUCAGACGUAUGACGGAAACAUUCUCACCCACUCACAAACUGGAGAACCUGCUUGCCGCCAGUAAAGCUAUUUACAUCUCGGUCGAACCAAGUGGAGGUACUCUAAAGCCAGUGAGUGGCUUCUCAAUGGGCGCCGAGGAGUUCCUUCCGAUGCUCAUCUACUGUCUAGUCCAGUUCAAGUUCUCAACUGUUGAGAUAGAGGCAGAAUAUAUUUGGAAACUGCUCCCUCCCCAUAUUGCGAGGGGAGAAGCUGGCUACUAUCUCACUGCAUUAUCGGUUGCGGCCCAUAUUUUGAAGAAUGUGCCUGAAAACACGACCCUGACAUCCCCUGUGCACGAAAGUUCCGACCGGGACAGCCCCGAUGGAGAGGGAGAAGGAACCCUAUCGGCCCAUGGAAACACCUCAACGCGCGGACCACGCGGAGACCAUAAAACCGGAGGUAACAGUUCGGGAAUCGGUUCUGCGGGUGCCAUCGGGAAACAAGGUAUCCUCUCCUCGCCGCGUCUGUCACCAUCAACCUCAACUUCUGCUAACCCCUUACAACGUCAGGGCGGGUCCCCGGUUGUAGGUGGACGAGGCAGCACAAGUGGAGGUGUAGGAGGAAUUGGGCAAAUGUUGCAGAGCUACUCGGAAAACUCGACACAACAGUUGCCGAACAUAGCCGAUUUAGAAGGGUUUCUUAAAGUAGUCUUUCCGGAUGAGAAGACAGAAACUAUAAUCAGUAAACUGCUGCCAGUGCCACCCUCGAUGAGUGCGUUUGACGUGUGUGCCAUGGUCGCCCACAAACUCAAGAUAUCCCACAACCCGGAGGACUUUGGACUCUAUGUCGUCAUAGAGGGAGAGAGAACCAAAAUAGACGACAACCAAUGUCCCCAAGAAGUGAAAGCCAAACUAGUGGUUGAAAAUAAGAAACACCUCUUCGCCUAUCAACGACACACCGCAAAUAUUUUGUGGGCUAAAACGUCGAAUAAUUCACCGCCCACUACACUUAACAGCACAAAUUCCACUUCAGAAUCACCGAAUCAGACUUCAAAAUCAACAACACCUAAGAAAAUAACAACAGCAUUACCUCACCAACACAAAACAGCAGCAAAAACCACUCCAGAAUCAGCAAAAAUAUCAACAGGAAAAGCAGCAGCUUCUAGUGAAAAGUACGAAAAGGCAGCAACAAAAAGAGGUUUUUUGAAAUCAUCGCUAAGUACACCGGGAGUUAUGUCACUUCAAAGUAGUAAUUUCGUGGCGUUGCCGCCGUCGAAUCCAAAUGUCACACCAUCGGGAGGAGGAACUACAGGAGCUUCGCUGCGUCUCCCUUUCCCUUCGGUGCGUCGCGCCAGAGGUGGGGGGAGUUUAUCCCCGCAACCACGUCAAACUGUGGAUAACCAAUAUGUAUCGAGUUUCAAUGAGGAUACCCAUUUAUCAAUGUCUUUACCUCACUCGGUAAGACAUGGAAUUCUUAGUAGCCCGGAACCUCCGAGUUUAAGCAGGAGUUUCAAUUCGGGCAGCGGCUCGAAAAGUAGAAAAGGUGACCAUCAAGUGACAACGUCUCGAAGCUGACCCCAAAAUUAAAAGAAAAAUUUUUGCUUCUGUGAAAUUUCGGAAGGCUAGAAAACUCGAAAGGUCUGUCUUAAACUGGGUUAUAUGGGAGUUAGAUUAAAGUGGAACUAAAAUAUGCUAUGCUAAAAGUAUAAAAUAAAAUUAUUUUUGUUAAAAGAGUAAUUUGGGAAGAUCAAGAGGUCAAGUGUUAGUGUGAUUUGUAUAAUAUGUCGCCUGGAGAAAGUUUAAGAAAUUAGUUUUUAUGAUUCUAAAAUUUGGUGAAUUAUUUUUCACUGGAAUCAAAUAAAAAAAACAUGUAUCACAUAAGAAGUAGAAAAACUCUAUUAAAAAUUUUCCUACAUGGUGAAUAGAUAAAACAGACUUAUCUUCAGACUUAUUUAUUGUGCUAUUUUCUUGAAGUUUGGUUUACUGUUUCUCAAUUGUGCUAGUUUUGAGUCCUUCAACUUUAUACGUGGUGGGUGCAGAUAACUUGUGCAAUUUUCAUACAUUUUUUCAGUUAUACGAAGUCGUAUAUUUCUACCCUCUCUCCUCACAAGAAAAGGCAUUCUCAAGUUCACUUGAAGUGAAACUCCCCUCCUAUUUUAAGUGUGUCCCAAGUUAAUUUAGGACACCAGAACCUCGAAACCCCAAAAAAUAAUUGGAUCUAUUUCAAAUAGUCUCGCAGUCUUUUCAUAAAUCGCCGUCUUUCGAAACAUCGAAGUUUAUCGCCGUAAUCAACUCUUAGCUUCAAUACAAAGUUUUUCCCGCAACAAUUGUUAUUCAACCUAAUUCUGACACGUUGCGGGUUUUAAAUUCUACGCCACAUAUGAAAAUAGGAGUUUAGACUUCUCGAAAUUUAUUCAUAAGCUGAGUUGAAAUGACGGUUUGAUUAUUUUGAGUAGAUUCAAUUUAACGAGUAUAAUAGUGUUUAUUCACGAGUAAUGGCGUAGGAAAUCUGUGAGUCGAAUUCGAUUUUUUUUAUUGAUGAUGAUUUAAUACUAUAUAUGGCAAAAAUGUGAAAGAAACAUGGUCAAAUUGUUUUAAAAAUUUAGAGUUGAAAAAAGCCCUAAAUUAACAGAAAAUUAUACGUUCUGAUUUGGAGUUUUCAUCAUCUUGAAUUUAUCUGAUCAUCAAUUUUUUACUCUAUAAUAAGUGAACAAAAAUGUUAUCAAGAUUUACUUCACGGCGGAAGGCUUAGUAGUUUAUCUUUGAUGCAUUAGAAAAGCAUCAUCAAUAUAAUUGGUUGAAUUCUACAAUUUAUUUGAUUAGAUAACGUUAAAAAGUCAUUAGCUUUGUGAGUGUGAUGAUAUAAAAUUUGAGUGAUGUGAUGUUUUUGCACUUGAAAAGAAAGCGUUAUGUCUUAAUAUUGAUUGUAAUUUGGUUUAGUAGUUAAAUGAACUAUUUAAAUGAGUUUUCACUAAAAAGUUAAACUGAAAUUUGUAUUUCUUUAAAAUUUGGUGCUCUAUUUUAAACUCGUCUUAACCCAAAUCUUUCCUGGACAAAAUUAAUCUUCGGCUUAAUAAUAAAUCGAGUUGAUUUGUCAGCCGAUGAAAUACUCGAGAAUAUUGUAGAAAAAUGCGUGAAAACGUCAAACUUGUGUUAAUGAGAAGUGAAUCACGAACAUAGCCAUUAUGAAGAAGUAUAAAUUUAGUAAUGUUCGAUUAAUAUUAAUAAAUGAUAAAUUUGAAUGGACUGCUAUAGAUUGAUGUGAUUUAUAUUUUGUCAAUGCUCAAAAUAGUUUUUGAUAUGCAUAAACAUUAUUCACAAUUGUUGCUACGCUGAGCGCAUUUUAAAUUCAAAACCUAUUUUUCUACCGCAAA